UGCUUCCGGAUCAUCUUUCUUUCUGUCAGUCUGGAGUGGAGGUCAUUUCGAUAACUGGUGUGAUAAACCUUUGGAUGUAAUGUAACAUUCGCCAUGUCCUUAGGGGAAACGUCGAGACUGUAGACUGUGUUAAAAUUAUGUGGACAGAUUUGUCUAGCUGAAGUGUGUGUCACCAUGUCACAAGCAACUUCGGGAUACCCAGGUCCCCAACAGCAUGGGGGUGUGCAGUCACCUGUCGGGGCAGGUUAUAUACCCAACGAUGAUGAAAAGAGGGUCUUCAGGGAGUGUAACUCUGAGAGUUUUUGGUACAGAUCAUUACCAUUCUCAGCUGUAGCCAUGGCUGCUACUCAAGUGCUUGUGACGAGAGGAGUCCUGUCACCAUCGCCACGAUUUGGUUCAUUGCCAAAAGUUGCCUUUGCUGGAAUGAUGGCGUACAUGGGUGGCAAGAUGUCCUACAUGAAAGUCUGUCAAGAAAAGUUCAAGAGGCUUGAAAAUUCACCUUUGGGUGAAGCUCUUCGCCAAGGAAAUUUGCGUAAUAUCUCCCCAGAAAUGGGCCAGUCAGAGUUGGGGGAUCCAAACCAGGUAGGCGGCGGCCAGCCCAGCUACGAGCCACCCCAGCAGCCAGCAGCACCAGCCUACCAGCCCCCUCCGGACUCCUUCAGUUACUCUUCUGACUACUCCUACAACAGCCCUCCACCGCAGUCCUCCUACCAGCCCGCUCCAUUCAGCUCCAGCUUCAGCGAGUCCGCUCCCUCGGGAGUGGCGGACGAUAAUGUACCGCAAGCUGCUCCUUUCCUGGAGGACGAGGAUAUGCCCAAGAGGAAGCCGGUGCUGUACGAGGACCUCCGCAGCAAGAACCGGGAGAACUACGAGGUCACGCUUACCCAGAAGGCAGACUCCAUGCUCAAACCCCAGGCCUCCAGCAGCUCCGCACCAAGCAGAGAGACGAAGAAGAAUAAGUAUGGUGACGCUUGGGAAGAGUGACUCAGGAGAUCCUCACAAUACAUUGGUAUUAUCCACAGGCCAUCUGCCUUCUACUGUACCUGCUAACUAACCCAAAUACAGUACAUCAUUUACCAACAUUUUGCUGCUCUCGUGAAGGUUCAGAGGCCAGCCAAGGAUAAACAGCCUCUUUUUCCGUUAUCCACAUUGUUUUCUUUGGAAAGGUCGAUUACUGUUGCUGCACUAUGCUUAAAAUGGUGGUCCUCUGAACUUUUUUUUUUGCUUUUGCUUUUUUCCAUCCUUGUCUGUGAUCAGGCGUUCUGGGGACAAGCAUAUUUGACAUGCAAUUCAACAAUCCAUGGUGUCAUCAUUUGUUGUUGUAAUAAAAACAGUACCAAUAUGCGUGAACCACAUAUAAGUAUUCUAAAUAAUUAUAUUUUUUUCCAUAUCUUUUGUCAGAGUGGUGGAAGUAUGUUAGAUCUGAGAACAGGCCCUCACAUAGUCAUUGACGCACAGUCAGUUUUAUAUUUGAAGUGGGAGCUCAGCCUGUGUAAGGCUACUGAGGGAAAAAGGAUUGUUGUUGUCUUUAUGAACCCUUUACUCUAUUGCACAUAAAACGGGGUUCACAUUAUUUCAGCUUCUGUGACUUAGUAAUUGUUAGGCUUUAGCGUCAUCCAGUGUAGUGAUUCUGGCCACAAAUCCAACUGGCAACUUCACAUAGUUUUCAACUUUCUAUGUACUUCUGUAAAUUCAUAGAAUUUGCUGUAUGACACACAUAGAAAUGACCCCAGCGAUCAAUAAACCAAAUUCUUUCUUGGGAAAAAUUGAGCCAUGUGUCAUUUUAAUCACCAUAUCAAGCAUAGUAGUUGUGACCUCCUGGUAGAGCUAUUGAGUAGUAUGCCAAUAAUCAGUCCUUGAUUUGUCUAUUUACUCUAUCACUGUGUGUGUAUGAAAUAAAGAAGCUCUUCCCUACUGUA